CGGAUUUCAUCGACAACUUUCCUGCUGCAGUUAAUAGGACUAAUUGAGCAUCAAAUGAUUAUAUAACGAAAAUGCAAACGUUCUGGACUUAAAAAGGUGCACCAGCUCUCCAUUACAAUGGCAUCUACUUCACAGAACAAGAACAAUGCAGAUGAAUGGUAUGAUAAAAUUGCUGACAGCUUAAGAGAUGAAGGAAACUUGGAAGAAUUGAGAAAGAAAUUUGAUAAGUGCACAUCUAAUGAAGAACGAGUGAGUUUGAUUUAUAAACUUCCAAUUGCACAAGAUGUCAUUCAGGCAAAUCCAAAUUUCAGAGAAAAAUGUGACGAAGUAGCUGUUAGUCUUCGUAACCAGGGAAAUGCUUUUUUCCAAAAGAAGAAAUACAAGCAGGCUCUUGAUUUGUAUACACAGAGUGUUCUCUUCUCACCCUGGCGAAGCAGUAAUUCUAAUGAAGAUAAUGGUAACAUUGAUAAAACUCCAACUUUAGCCUUGGCAUUUGCAAAUAGAUCAGCAGUGUUGUUUCAUAUGGCAAAGGAUGAAUUGUGUCUGGCAGACAUUGAGCUUGCUUUAGAAAAUGGUUAUCCAGAAAAUCUGCAGUACAAACUUUACGACAGGAAAGGAAAGUGUUACAUGCAGUUGAAAUGGGGAGAAGAGGCAAUUAAAGCAUUUGAGAAAGCGAAAAAUCAAAUAAAGAUAUCUGACUUGGAUGAAGAUAAAGUUAAAAAGAUAACAGAGGAAUUGGACAAGUUGAUUGUAGCUUGUGACAAAAUGAAAGAUGAUCAACAUAAAAAAGUUAUGAAAACCCAAGCUGAGUGUAACAAGUGUCAUUCUGCUCUACCAGUGAUAACACAAAGAAGCAAGAAAUUUCCCAAUGCAUCUAUUGCCGUUACCAUGGAAGAAAGUGAGGAAACCGGUCGUGGCAUAUAUGCAACAGACGACAUAAACAUUGGUGAUGUCCUUGUUGUAGAGAAAGCCUAUAUGUCGGUGACAUUGCCAGGAUUUAGCGUAUCAAAUUGUCACAACUGCUGCGAGAAAUUAUUCUGUCCGUUCCCGUGUCGUAAUUGUGCUGGAGUUGGCUACUGUUCACGUCAGUGUGAAAGGGAAUCUUGGGAUACCUAUCAUUACGUAGAAUGCGAACAUCUUGGUGAUAUUCAAGCUGCUCAGCUGGGUUUGGGACAUCUGUCAUUUCGAAUGGUUCUGAAAGCUGGAUUUGAGUAUUUGAAGGAAUAUAAGAAUAUAGCUGAUGGAGUUGGUGAUUCAUUUGGAUCGGGGUUCAACAAGGAUGGGGUUUAUGACUCCAAUGACUACAACACUGUCUACAACUUAGUGAAUCAUUGUGAAAAACGAACUACUACAGAUCUUUUGAAAAGGACAAUUAACACUGUUUUCCUUGUGAAAUGCAUAGAGAAUUCCUCUUUUGUUCCUUCGACAGAAAGACGACAGGAGGACCUGAUGUAUAUAGGAGGUCACAUUCUUCGUCACAUACAGAUGCUUCCAUGCAACGCUCAUGAAGUUUCUGAAUUAAAAUUGAGGAGAACUAUGGUUGCUGAAUCUCUUGGGGAAGAAAUUGGUUCUGCCAUAUAUGCAAUGCUUAGUCUAUUCAACCACUCGUGUGAUCCAGAUGUCGUCCGUCAUUCCUACGGGGAUACUUGUGUAGUGAGAGCCAUCAAGAAAAUUUCAAAGGGUCAAGAAAUCUUGGAUAACUAUGGCGCAGUGUAUGCAGUGAGUACAAAAUCUGAUCGCCAAAAAAAGCUGUCGCAGUACCAAUUUGUAUGUAAUUGUCUCCCCUGUCAGAAUGUGUGGCCGAUGUAUUUCAACAUACCUAGCGAGACGCCUACUUACAAGUGUGAAAAGUGUAACGGUGCUUUGUCAACAGUCAACACCACCACGAAAACUGCCAAGUGUACCAUCUGUAAGUACACACAGAAGCUUGCCAAGACCAUUCUUACGCUGGAAUGCUCGGACAAAGUCUUCCGCGCUGUCCUAGAGAAGUUUCUGUCUGGGAAUCAGGGACCAGAACACACCCUUCAUGUGUUGAACAAACACCUACAAUUCCUGCAGCAGAACCUGUGUCUUCCCUGGCAGGAUUUCAACAACUGCCAGGAGGCAAUCAAACAGUGUUACGCGAUGCAGGCAAACUGUCAUGUCAUAGAAUAGUUAUACAAAGCCAACAGACAUGCUGUUUUUAUAUGCAAAAUAGCAUCUCAAAUAUUAGAUGUGGAGAAAGCCAAAGGUUUUUGUGCAAUGCAGACAAUUUUACAAAGUGAUGUCAAAAGGUAUAUGCCCUGAUCAUGAUAGCUUCAAAAUGUGAUUUUAAAAAAAGUUAAUUAUCACGAUCAUGCAUGAUACAGCUUCCAAAACUACUGUAAACGUAUAUAUCUUAUUUCAGUGCUUUUCGCACUGAAAGCAUUCCGCUAAAUUAUGAUUGCGCUAGUUGCACUUUCUAUACACUGUUUCUGCAUAAAAUAGUUUUGACGUGCCAAUUCAUCAAAUUUAUUGAUCAUUGCGCUAAUCUGUUAAAAUUUGGAAAUGCACUAAAAUUUCAGUGAGCCAAAUGAAGUAUGUUAUCUUUACAGUAUUACGUGUGGUACCCUUAUAACUAUAUAGGAAUGUUUGGUUUUGAUGUUUUGAUUUUUAAAAUAUGCCAUAAUGACCAUUUCGUGUUGCCAGGUGUUUAUAAGACUAGCACUGUCUUAUUUAUUUACAGAUAUUUAUAGUGUAUAAAUUUAUAUCUCAAGCCUGAAAAUCAGUUUAUUUAUUUGGUAUUUACGCAAUUUAUCAUGGUGCUGUUGUUAUUGUAGAAUAUACGUAUACCAGUACUUCAAUAAUUUGACAAUUAAGCCAAUGCGUGGUAGCUACCCAUGUCUAAUUUGACAAUAAGCCUAUGCCUGGUAAUAAGUCAACCCCUGUCUAUUGCAGUUUAGAAAAAAAUAUGAAAUUAUUUUUCAUUGUAAUGAUGAUCAGAUAUGUUAAUAUCAGUAUUUUUCAAACUCAAUGAUGUUACAGCAAGUUUCAUAGUUUUAUGAUACAAAGGAUUUCCUCUGAUGCCGUCCAAAUGUUAAUGGCUCCAAUACCCUGCAAAUUCAUAAUCAAAUAUUUUAAAUCUUUUCAACACAG